AUACGCGGAAGAAUUGACUUUACAAGGUUAUAUAAGCGUUGUCUCACUAUGCAUAGUUUCGAGGAUGUGCGCGUAUUUACACCAUCUCAGUCUCUAGGAUCCAAACGCCUAAACUUCGGUCAACACCAUCUCAGAUUCCAGUUACGCGACUCGGACGUUAUUGACCCGUGGUUUGAACAGCCAAACAUGUCAUGCAGGCACGGAGAUCGUCUGAAAGUAAAGCAUAUCCACCAGGAUUUCGAAUUAGGACCUCAGUGUUUGCGCAGGAUUACCGGAUCAAUCGUCACCGAUGGAUAGAAUGGGACAUAACGAAAACAUAGGGAAGGUGUUAUAUGAAUCAUCUGUAGGAAAAGGAAAUGGGUUCGAAAUUUUGAAUCACUUAUGUAAGAGAACUACUGCUAAUUUCACUACUAUUAUAAGGAUGCAACUAGAUGUUUUGCCCAACGUCCAUGAGAAAAUUAAAGCAUUAUGGACGCCAGAGUUAGAUUUUCGGUGAAGACGGGCAUUCGAAGCCAAACGACCCCAUAAAACAUAAAAGGUAUUGUAUACCCAAAUACGUGUGCGAAAGAAAACUAAUCCUAAUUCCACAUGUCGAUUUAAGAUUAUGUACAGAGCAAUUGAUGGGUUUCGUUUGUAUGAAUCACCUACUGAACGUCGAUUCACACCAUCUAUAUUAACUGGAUAUACGAUUGUUUUGUAUACGAAAGAUUUUCAUAUUUAUGAAUUGACUGUUAACAGUCUUUCUGUUGCUCGUUCACUUGAACAGUUAUUCGAGGCAGUAUCCUCAAUAGAUGACGUAACAUUGCUUUACCCAUUCGCUUAUAAAUCCAACCAAUCAUCACUUUUACCUGUAAUAACAACCACUGAUUGGCCUAACAACAUCAAAGAGUUAUUGUCUGUUGGGAGUUGGCGUAUAAGUCAAUUAAAUGACAAUUAUUCAUUGUGCAAUUCUUAUCCGAAAACAUUUAUCGUACCUGUUAAAUGUGAUGAUCAAAUGAUUGCAGAAAGUAGCCGAUUUCGUCAAGGUGGUCGUUUUCCUCUACUGGUAUACUAUCAUAAGCCAAGACAAACUACUUUAUUAAUAACUGCUGAACCAUUGAUUAACCAGUCUACAAUCACAAACAGUCAAAAUACCACUCCUCUAUUAUCAUCUAAUUCUAGUUUAACUUCAUCAACCAAAUCGAAUAAUCUAAUUCUUAAUUCAUCUUCGAAAAAUUCCAUAUUACCAUUUAGUUCAACAUUUAAUACUGGUCGAUGUCGUUCAGAUGAACAAUUACUUUCUUGUAUAUUACCAGAUAAAUGUAGAGGUGUUAUAUUGGAUUUAAGAACACAAAAUGAAACAAAAAAACCUCAAGCAACAAGUGGUCUUGUUGAAUUCGAACAAUAUUAUCCACAAUGGAGACGAGUUUCUAGACCGUUAGAAUCUACGGGUAACUUGAUUGUCACUUUCAGGAAAUUCAUUUAUGCUUGUAUAUCUUGUGGUCGUUUAACUCGAUCUUCAAGCAACACAACAUUUGGUGCACUUCAAUCUGGAAUCAGUGAUUCUAUUGGAAUGUUGUCCAGUGCCGCAUUAAAUCCAAUAGGAAAUUUCGGAUUACGUAACUCUGUGGCUGCAUCAAUCCCAUGUGAUAAUUCAGUCAAUUCACUCGAUGAUAAUGUUGUUCGUGAACAAAUAAAUACGUCGAGUAAAAAUGAUAUAGUCUCGAAUUUCGGUCAAUUAGAUAUUCAAUCUACUAAUUUAACUACUGAAUCGGAUUUAAGUAGUAAUAAUAAUGUCAAAAAAUCAAAAAAACUUUCAGCUUGGUUAUCAUUGGUUCGCGAGGCGUUAGCAGCUGCUGUUGCUGGAGCAACAGCUUUGGACGCUUUGGAUGCAUUCGCUCAACAACAACUUCAACAAGAACAAUGUUUGUUAGCUGAAAAACAAAGAAGAGCAUCAAAGGAUCAAAGUUUAGAAGAGGCUAAAUUACGUGGAUCAUGUGUAAUAGUGCAAAGUCGAAAAGGAACUGAUCGAGCUAUUCUCGUGGCUAGUUUAAUUCAAAUCAUAUUAAAUCCUGAGUCUAGAACUAUACAGGGAUUUCAAACACUUAUCGACCAAACCUGGUUAAACGCCGGACACCCAUUUGCAGAUCGUUGUCGAAAUUCCGCUUUCUCUAUUAAACCACCAAAGGAUGAGAGUCCAGUGUUUAUCCUAUUUUUGGAUUGUGUUUGGCAAUUACUUCGUCAAUAUCCAAAUUCAUUUGAAUUUACUGAUGAACUACUUUGUAUUAUUGCAAAACAUGCUUAUUUCUCUGAAUAUGGUACAUUUUUAGGCAAUUCUUUACAAGAAAGAGAACAAUUGGAUAUUUCAUCUAAAACAGUUUCUUUAUGGUCAUACAUCAAUCAACCAAUUGUGACACAUCGUUUGCAAAAUCCAUUUUAUUCUGAUCAAAAAAAUGAUGACAAUUCUCAACCAACAACUACAGUUGAUGGGGGUUAUGCAUGUUGGCCUUGUUUAUCUGCCCAAGCAUUAGAUAUUUGGGAAGAACUAUAUCAGUAUCAAUUGCUUGGUGUUAAUCCUAGUCUAUGGGAUAUGCCUCGAAUUAUGUCACGUGUAAUUAAGGAUAGAUUUGAAGCGGAACGGAAUAGAACUAUUGAAUUACGCAAAACACUUAAUCAACUUAUGAAUGAAGCUAUCGAUGCAGGUAUUCUUCAUGUAAAUGAUUAAACUUAUUUAAGUAGUAUAUUCAUUUAUUGAUAAUUUAUUUCAUUCCAUACUUAGUUUGUUAACAAAAACAAUAUAUAUAUUACUUAUAUUGUUAUUCUAAGAUAAUUUUUUUAAUAUUUUCUAUACUACUUAUGAAUUAGUAGUGAUUAUAUUGUAAAUGAUUUUGAACAAUCUGUUGAUAUUAUACUUUGUUUGAACUCACUACUUGAACCCUUUCAGAAAAAUAAUAAUGAACUGAUAGACAAAUGAGUUCCGAAACGGUUUAUGUAGUAUGAUGAUCGUGAUAUUAUGACAAAUUUUUUUCUUUUUGGAUAGAGUUUUGUUCUCUGAGCUGGAUGGUUUGGUCGUGGAGCUUUCAUCAUCCUUCUGACUGACAUCAUUAUCACGAACUUCGGGAGAAAUUUGGACAUUUCACUUCUACCCGAAGUUUGUGCUGAUAAUGUCGUUUAGAAAGAUGCUGAAAGCUCCACGAUCAAACCAUUCAGCUAAUAGAACAAAAUUCCAUCAAAAUCAUCCAUCUGAGCUAUAAAUUGUCUCCACUAUUAUGACAGAAUGAAUUGAUACCUACCAUUCUAAUGAUACUAUUAUCAUAUUGUGUUAUAUGAACAUGUAUGCCUUAUGAUUUGGUUUUUGGUUAUAUACUACUAACUAUUUGUAUUAUUUUACUACUUAAAUAUGUGUAAUCCAUUUUCAACUUCUAUUCAUUGUAAUAUGUAUAUUUUGUAAAUCUUUUUAAUCGUAAUUUACAAUCUGCUAUAAAAGUUGAGUGUAUUGUAUGUUUUAAUGUUUUGUCAGAGUGAUUGUGAAAUGUUUAAAUAUCAGUCAAUAACUGACGGGGGAUAGUUUGGAGUAUUGUUUAGUUUCACAUUGCGGGUUGACUUUGAAUAGACAACUAUCAAUAACUAGGAAGAAUUACGUGACUGCUUAAUAGUUCUUAUCCACCACGAGAUCGAUGCAUGUAUAGUGAAAGCCAAAGCGGCUUAUGCCAAUCUGGGCCA